AAGAUGACUCAAAGUUUAUAUCAUUCAGAUGUGAUCAAAUCAUAUGCAUGGACACCUUCUUCAAAAAAACCCAUAAUUUAGAGGAAGGGAUUUAUUACCUUCAGAAUGAGUCAGCCAUGGAGGUCAAUUUUGUUGAGAUUACAGAACGAGACUACAGAAAUUACAACUAUUUCCAAGAAUUAGUACUGAUGCCAUUGAACAAAUUUAUGGGUGAUAAGAAGAAAGUACAUUCCUGGACCAAGAAGUCUCACCCUGCAUGAGAUAUGACGAUGAUGAUUGUGACUAAAACAUUGAGGAAAAUCAAAGGUAUGUCUCUAAUCUCCCAGUUGAUGCCUACUCAGUGAGAAAUCUUUGAAUUCGAUGACAGCCAGAUUAAGUAUGGUGACAAAUUAUUCGAGCAUAUACCCUUUAUGCCGGUUACUGAGAAGUUAUUGAUGAGAGGGAAAUGGAAGAAUAACAACUAUUAUUUCCUGAUGGAGAUCCUUAAUUGCCAAAUUACCCAUUUGUACUUGGAUUUUGUCAUUGUUGAGAUUAGAAAUGCAAAGCUGAGGAAGAAAAACAAAUUAAUUUCGAAAUUUAUGAAGUCUAAUUCAUUAAAGAAUUUAUCUUUAUGGCAAUAUUCGCUUGACAAAGAACUGCUAAACAAAAUUACUGUGGAUAGUAUCCAAUCCAACAAACAGCGACUGAAGUUGGUACUGGAAACACUGCUGUUUUCACCAAUUCCUAAAUUUCCUGAAGCGAGUCUUGAAAGUGAUGUUGUUUUGAGCUAAACGU